AUGUCUACAACACCAAAGGAAGAAGACAUAAGUCGAUUCUUGGCACAGUACCCAAGCUGCUCCAGAGACACAGCAUCCGACAUUCUAGAAGUAUAUGGAAACAAUGUCGAAGAGGCUAUAGAAAAAUAUAAAGCAUCUGAAAAAUACCUUCCAACAGUCCCCGUAUUCGACGAUGAUAUCCCGCUAAGUAAUUCGAAUAAUGACCAUAACACUCUGGUUGCAACAAAUUCACUUGAAUUGUCACAAGCUGAAGGUGAAGGUACUGAUGAAGGCGAUUUGUGGAUGCCCAAGCUGCCAAUCCUCCCGGUUCCCGAUAUAUCUAUCACCUAUGAGCCCCCUGAUCCGUAUGUAUUUGAGCUCCGCGAACUCAUGGGCGCAAUUCGUGCUGGAUAUUUCGACGCCGACCGUAUCCGUAAAUACCUGGGGUAUUAUAAUAAGAAUGACUUAUACACAUAUUUGAACGAUACUAUUGACGGGUAUCCAGCAAUUUUCUAUGUCAUCGCGACUAACGACAUUGGUAUACUUCGUGAGUGGCUCAAACACGGAGGCGAUCCUAACGCGACAUGGGGACCCAGUGCCGUCCCCGCAAUCGGCUUCUCUAUUCUGAAUGGAGGCAAAACUAUGCUCCAGGCGUGGAGGACACUUGCUACACUUCUUAGAUUUGGCGCAAACCCUCAUGUCAUUCCUAAAGCGUUCUAUGAUCCCUAUUGUCGAGAUUUGCCGGAGGGCGGACCAACUCUGGAAGAACUUCACGAUAUUAAUGAUGAAAACAAGGAAUGGUGCACAGAAGAGGUACGGGCAUAUCUUGCUCAGGUUCUAACCCUGUCACAGCGAUAUGACCUCUACAGGGCCAGCAAGGUCAUGCCGCCCUCUGGUCGAGAGAAAGAAGUGCUUAAUCGUCAGGGCGCUGGAGAAGUCCUAGGCCUUCACCAAAUGAUUGUCGCUCAGUCGAUUGCAGCGCGCUGGCUUCAAAAAAAGCUUCUCGUUUACCUUGCACUCCAAAAGCGAAAACCGUUUAUUUUGGUCUUCGCAGGACCGAGUGGUCACGGUAAAACGGAACUUGCUAAAAGAUUUGGAGACCUUAUGUCGCUGGAAUUGCAUGUGGUAGACUGUACCAUAUUUAAGCAAGACAACGAGUUGUUCGGGCCACGACCCCCCUAUAGCGGACAUGAGGAUGGCUCACCAUUAAAUAACUUUUUGGUUCGGAAGGCUGGGCAACGAUGUAUUGUGUUUAUGGAUGAAUUCGAGAAAACUAGCAAGGACAUCCAUAACACGCUGUUAUUACCUUUCCAAGAUGGCCGCUAUGAAGAUCGUCGAAAUGGGAAGAUUAUCGACUGCUCCAAGACAAUUUGGAUUCUCGCCACCAAUAAACUGGAUGAUAGCAUUCACGGAUUCUGCAAUGCUAACGAAAAGACCAUUUUCCACUCUGAAGACCAAGAAGCUCAGGAUAAGGUGGUAGAGAAGUUGUGUCGUCAACUCCGCAAGGAAUUUACCGGGCAUUUCGGUGCCCCUUUGAGUGGUCGCAUUACCGAAAUCAUCCCCUUCCUCGUCUUUUCGCCACAGGAGGCAGCUGUCAUUGCUCAUAGGACAUUGAUGGUUUUGGAAAGCGAAGUUGCUCGACAUGUACGUCUAGCUCUAAACAAGGAAGACGACGUUUAUGUCGGAAAUAUCAGCUUCAGUAUCAAGAAUGAUGCAACAGUAUGCUCUGCCAUCACCCGCGAGGAGUACGACAAGAAGACUGGCGCCCGUAGCAUCAAUCUAGCUGUGGAGCGCAUGGUCCAGGAUCCGCUCGUUAGCCAGUACCUGAAAGAUGGUGACGAGUUUGACGAAAAUCAACCCAUUACUUCGUUCGUCGUUGAUGUCGAUGUUGAUGGGGAGGUUGAAGUGAGACUGGUUCAAGGGGAAUAG